CGAUGGUUGAUUUGAGCCAACAUGGCGCCCAAGCGGUAGAGUUUCAAGAGUUGUUCUUGCUGCCACGGGCAUCUAGACAAGGAUAAUUACCGGUUUCCAGACUUGGACAAGGCAGUCAGGAGAUCCAGGAUGGCGCGGGUGGUGUUCCUCCAUCCAGACCUUGGCAUUGGUGGAGCUGAGCGACUGGUGGUUGAUGCUGCUGUCGCUCUGAAGACUCAGGGAUGUAGCGUCCAGAUCUGGACAGCCCAUUAUGACCCUACACACUGCUUCUCUGAGACCCUCAACCCGGACUUGCCUGUGGUAUGUGUGGGUGACUGGCUCCCCACCAGUGUCUUUGGUUACCUGCAUGCACUUUGUGCCUACCUGAGGAUGAUCUAUGUGGCCCUGUACCUGGUCUUCCUCAGCGGGCUGGAGUACGAUGUCAUCUUCUGUGAUCAAGUGUCAGUGUGUAUUCCGGUGCUGCGACUGUCCCGUCACAGGAAGAAGGUUUUGUUUUACUGUCACUUCCCAGACCAGCUGCUGACCCAGAGAAAGUCGGCCCUGAAGAAGCUUUACCGCGCUCCCAUUGAUUGGCUGGAGGAGCGAACCACCGGCAUGGCUGAUAUGAUUCUGGUAAACAGCCGGUUCACCGCAGGCAUCUUCAGGGAGACCUUUCUUGGUCUAAGAGGAGUCCAGACAGAUGUCCUCUAUCCCUCCCUCAACACACGUACCUUUGACCAGCCGUCUACUGAGGCUCAAGGCCUGGAAGGGCUGCUCCCCGAGGGAGCCUCCUGCCUGUUUCUCUCUCUGAACCGAUACGAGAGAAAGAAGAACCUGGGGCUGGCUCUGGAGGCUCUUGCAGCACUGAGAAGCAGCCUUCCGUCAGGCCAGAGAGCAAGCAUUCACCUGGUGGUGGCGGGGGGCUACGAUGACCGAGUUGCUGAGAACGUUCAACAUUAUACUGAACUGAAAGAGCUAGCAUCCCAGCUCCACUUGGAGGACUGUGUCACCUUCUUGCGCUCCCCUUCUGAUUCGCUGAAGGUGGCGCUGCUGCAGGGCAGUGCAGCCGUGCUGUACACCCCGAGCAGAGAGCAUUUUGGGAUAGUUCCCAUAGAGGCCAUGUACUGCUGCUGCCCUGUUAUCGCGGUGAACUCUGGGGGCCCCCUGGAGAGCGUGGCAGACGGGGAGACGGGCUUCCUGUGUGAGCCCACGGCAGAGGCCUUCUCUAAGGCCAUGGAGAGGCUCGUGAGGGAGCCACAGCUCCGCAGGGACAUGGGACAGGCUGGGAGGAGGAGGGUGCAAGAUAAAUUCUCUCUUCAGGCCUUCUCAGACCAGCUGUACGGGUACAUUGUCAGGCUGAGCCAGUGAGGGGAAAGCUAGAGGAGAAGCAGGAGACGGGAGUGAAACAGCAGAAAAAUUAUCCCCUGCUGAACUGUGAAUUGUCUGUUGACAACUUGGGUCUGCAGACAGUUGAAGUGGAUGUUUUCUAACACAGAAUGUAUGUGUAUAUGUGCGGCAGGGCUAGGGUGGGGGGUGGGGUAUUAUGAGGACAAUCAAUCAGCAUUCCCCUGGAGGGGUUGCUGAGAGGGAAAAAAAGGACGGAAUCUCUGUACUAAUUAAGAAAAGAGUAACGAGUUUACCUACCCUAUCUCUGGAAAAAUACCACCCCUGCAACUGUGUGCGUGUGUGUGUAAUGUUGCAUGUGUAGCAGGGAAGCAACCAAGAGUCUAGCAAAUGAGUGUACCAACAGGAUUGAUUGUUAGAGUGAAAUGUUUUGCACUGUGAAGGGUUUUUUUUUUUCUUGCUUUUCUACGACUCUUUGUCUUUGUGUGUUUGCGGGAUGAAGAAGAAGAAUGUAGUUACUGCUGUGCGCCAUCAGACAGUGCAACGUCCCAGAUCGAUAAACAGGAUGCUUUCCACUACUUCCUGUCCGCCCAGAGCUUUGUUCCCCUCCUCGCAUUCAGAAGAUGCUGGCCUGUCCAUGACUCUUGCUGCUGCGUGGAGGUUAUUAGCAGAUGAUAGAGAGUGUUUGGCUUUAUUAGAGGUCUGGCUGAUGGGCAGUGUGUCUUUGUCUGGGUCGUUAUCAACGAGGAGAAUAGCAGAAGGUCAUUGUGUCUGUGCGCUGGCCUCCUCAGCCCUCCUACUGUAUAGAAAUGCUCUUAUUGACAUUCCUGAAGUCUUAAUAAACAAGAGGACACAUAGUUUCCUGACUCUUAUGGGGUUUGCUUUGUUGGUAAGUUUUUUUGGCCUUUAAUAGAGUUUGCUAAGGAUUUUGGGGGUGAGCAUGGAGGCACAGAUCCACUGUCACUGUUGUGCCAUCCUUUUUUCCUUUCAUCGAGCAGAUUUGAUUGUGUCAUGGGUUGUUAAGUGAAACACUCUCAAACAAUGUAGCAGUGAAGGAGUUUUGUUUUUGCUCAUUAACACAGUGAGAGUCACCACAGAAGAUCUUAAGUUUGUCUCUGUCCAUUACAUUAUCAUUUGCAGAGUUUGAGUUGUAUCCUUAGGUGUUCGAUUUUUUUUCUUAAAGGGAAUCCUAAAAAAGAGUAAAUGAACAAUUAGAACAUUAAAUUACAGGCUGUUUGGCUAUAGAAUGAAUAUGUACCACAACAUCAAGCUUUAAAUCAGGUGUUGCUGAACCUGCCUGUUUGGACACAGCGUGGCCGUAUCGAACAGAUGUGGCCGAAUGCUCACUGCUGAAGUUCAUCAGGUUUCAUUUGAGCUCCUGUUGCUUCACAGCAGUUCCUCAUCAUCUCCUGUGGAGAUGCAACCAGGUUGUGCUCAUUGUUGACCCUGAUUCAAGUUCCAGGAGUCUGUUUGAUCUCCGUAACGCUGUUGAUGAAGGAAGCUGCGACAGGCUUUCUGUGUCAUGUUCCCUCUCAGAAUUAUGGGGAAAACAAGUAAGUCCAGUUUCUUGUCUCCCACUCUGAUCAGUCUAAAGAAAAAAAGACUGACGUUGGAGCAGUACAAAAUAUCCUUUAUUUUCACUGACUUCAAAUGAGAAGAAUUUAUAUUUAUUAUGGAAAUCUGGGAAAUUAUUUUGGAGGGAGGUGAAUGAGUGAGACAGUAUUCACUAAAUAACGCUCAGCUGCAGCAUUGAUGGAGCUCUUAAAAUAACUAAAGUCAAUAUGGAAUAAAAAUAUACUUUUAAUUUAUGGUAUGGAAUUUCUUAUGUUGAGAAAAUACCUCGCACUCUGGAACAUGUGUCUGUUAAUAGCGACUCUUAAACUGGAAAAACAAACAUGAGCAUGCACAUACUUGGCUUGGCUGUGCUGCUGCAAGUUAAACAUUUCUGGAUAUAUUAAGUAAUGCUCACCUGUCGGCUUGUCAUUUGGGAAAAAAUGCUGUUCCCGUUUCCCAAAAGGUCCGUUGAUGCUUUCAGAUGAGCUCAACAGAUGGACUGAAGUGGAUUUUCCAAUUAUUAGUUGCUGUAACCAGUUGAAACGCUUUUAUUACUCAUCGGUAGCCUUUACUGUAACUGUGUUUCAAGAUGCCAGGCAGCCUAAUGUGUUACCAUAUUAAUCUAUGUCAUCUCAGGUUCAGGCAGGCACUGUGAGACAAUCACUCAAAAAUGAAAUUAUUCUGAUAUUUGUGUCUGUUCAUUUAAAAUGUGUGGCUCAACUGCAUUAAGUUUUCAAUUCCCACCUCUCAUAUUGAUCCAGAUAUUUCUUGAGAGUCAAUUUCAAAAGCUGAAAUGCAAAGAAACCAACAGCGGCACCACUUGUUUUUCAGGACUGAAAAUUAUUUGUCCCUAUAGGUCCAAUUAGUGCAGGUGGCCAUGAUUUAAUUUGAAAUAGAUACUAAGGUCUAGCAUUUUGAAUAUCAUUGAUAGACCUCAGUCAAUUUAUGUUAGUGAUCCUCAUAUUUUUGAUGUGUGUAAAUGGAUUAAUAAAAUGUGUAUAUAUUUAUUUUUUCAUUUAAAAUUCAGGAUCUGUAUAGGCCGGAAAAUCCCAGGUCUAUAUAUUUAAAACUGUGACAUUUUUUUGUGGGUUGUUUGGUCUAUUAAUGCCUGGGCAUCCAAUAAUAGACAGAUACUUUGUCGAUAAUAUUUCGUAUAAAGAAAGAUAAGAAAUUAGAUACUUGAAGGAAUCCGCAUAAAAACACAACAACAAACCUCAUGGCCACACUAGACAUGAAACAGAUAAAAACAUAAACAUUUGAAACAGAAAGUUGUGAAUAAAACAUAUUUUAAGAUGAUGUGUGAGGUCAACAUAGAUUGUUUUAGAUGAGCUCUGUGGUCCACAGUUCGUUAAAAAGAGCAAAUGUGCUAAAUGUGGCGCUUCCUUCAUAACCUA